AUGCCAGCGACGUCGACAAAUGGCGUUGUGCGAGCGCCCGCAGGCCAAUAUUUUGCGCCCACGACAAGCGCGUCGGCCGAGACGGCAAAGCACCAGCACCAGCACCGGCAUCAACGACGCACCGCCCACCCCCCGUCACCACGCGACGACGGCACGCAUCACCGCCAUGCCCCCAACGUAGCAUCCCCCGCCCGAGAACGCGAGGUCCCGAACAGCGAUAGCAGCGAUGGGAUGCUGGGGGAAGAUGACAUCGGAGGCCAACCGCCUGCAAAGCGGCGAAAGCUGAGCCAGACUCACAGUCACCCAUCCGGCAAACAGAGCACCCUCGACGCGUUCCUGGCCAGCACGCAGCUGGAACCGCCGACCAAGAUCGUACGGCGAGAACCACACGGCCGAUUGCAGCAAACGGUGAAUGGUGUCCGCCGCACCCUGGUCGCUGACGAAGACGAGCUGCUGCGUCCGUCUCGUAAGCCCGAGCGAGCACAAGCAGUAGCAGGAGCAGCACCACCCCGACCCAGCAACAGUCCCGCCCCGCCACCCCAGCCCUCCACGCCCGCGACAGUGCAGCCGCAGCAGAAGCAGGAGGAGAAAAGGUCUUUGAGAAGUCGCGAUGAGGGCCCGAGGCUGAAGAGCGAGUUGGCCGUCUACUUUCCCCAUUAUGAGGACAUCAUAUUCGAUGUGCCCAAAGAGCAGGAUUUCGUGACCACAGACACGCUGUUGUACAUCACAGACGAUGCCAAGAAGGAAGACUCGUCGCCUGCAAAGUCGAGCAAAGCUUCUUCGCACGCGCGGAAGCCGUCUGUUAAUGGCGCUGCUGGUCCACCUGCCACGCCGCAACGGAGCUUGUCCACCCAGUUCAAUGGCAGCCCCAGUCUGAACCUAGACUUCGUGUCCAACAAUCUACCCGACAAUCCACAAGAUCCCCUCACCGACGACUACUUCCUCAAGUCCCACAAGCGAGCCGAGCGGAAGGAGAAGCAGCUGAGGAACAUUGAGCGCGAGCGUGCUAUGCAUGAGAAGGUGCAGUUGGACCGACUCCUUGAUGGACUGCUGGGUCACGACUGGCUACGCGUGCUUGGCAUUACUGGAGUCACCGAGACGGAAGCGAAAAAGUACGAGCCAAAGCGAGAUUAUUUCAUCGCUGAGGUGCAAGCGUUGGUCGACAAGUUCAAACAGUGGAAGGACCAGGAAAAGAAGUUGCGUCUCGUGAAGGAGGCCGCCCAGGCUGCCAAGGAUGCUGAAGACGAGGAGGGCAAUACCACAGAAGGAAGCGUUGAGCCCCCUAGCAGCGACCUCAAUGCCUCUGCUGCAAGACAGCUUCAGCAAGAGACCGUGAAUGCUCUCCGACCCAAGGCCAGCGGCAAAGGAAAAGAUCGUGCGCAUGCCUCAGGCUACGCGUCGACAUCCCAUUCCGCCACUCCUGCUACACCUGCUCCCAUCAAGCUGAUGCUGCCGCCUGCGCCUCCCAGUCCCGAACUUCCGAUCACCAGCUUCUAUGCCAAGCCUCAUCUCCGCGACGCUGCUCUCAGCAAGACGCGACAUGGCCGCAACGUGACUGCUUUUGGCCUUCCGCUUCCCGAAAUGGAGGAGAAGGAAUUCGAAUUGCCUUCCGAGUACAUAACACAGGAUGCUCUAAGGGCUUCUGCUCGAGAACGUCGGCGGCGGAAGCGAGAAAGUGCUGCGAACUCAUACGUGCCUGCCGAUAUUCUCCGCGUCAAUACCCGCAAUGAUGGCACCUGUUUCGCGAGCAGAAUCGGAUAUGUUCCGACUCGACCGAAAGGCUCUGCAUACGGCAACGAGAUUCAUUGUGAUCCCACUUUUGGUCUGUACAUGGCUAAACAUCUUGCUCACGAGCUUGACACUUCCAUCAUGAUUUACUCAUCCUUUCAGAACCUGCUGGAGACCGACCUGCAUAAGGCUCUCCUGCUGGGAUUCUCAAUGACGGAUCCUGAAAAUAUUUGGGAGAUCGUUCCGGGUAGGGAACAGCAGGAUCCCAUUGAUCAUACUGGGCCGUGGAGCGCGAUCAGAAUUAGUGUGGGCGAUAUCGAGGGAAUCAAGCGGUUGUAUCCCGUUCAACUGUGGUAG